GCCUCCAAGUUUGCAGCAUGAAUCCAGACCAUGGAGAAGAAAAACCAAAGGAAAAAUGAAAGCUACACCUACCUGAAAAAGACCGCGUCCACCCAGUUCACCCGAAGACUGAGCAACAAGCAAGUCCAGCACAGAGCUAUAAGGGUCAUUGGUCAGAGUGCAACAGUUACAGUAGGACAAGACGCCACAUUGUUCUGUCAGCUGGUUGAGACAAAUGAGAGACUGACACGGAUUACAUGGCAAAAAAGGACACGAGAAAUCCUCACAAAUAAGAACUUUUUCUACAUUACCCCAGAAGGCAAAACAGAAAGCGUAAACGGAUUAGGAGACAGAACUGAAUUUAUUGGGGACAUUAAAGAAAUCAUCGGAACGAUUCUUUUGAGGAAAGUUACAUUACUAGAUGAAGGAAUUUACACUUGCAUCUUCAACGUAUUCCCAAGUGGACCAUUUGAAACAGAAAUACAUCUCAACAUACAAGUUCCUCGUGUAGUUGGUGUGACCACUGAUGUGAUUCCUGUUGCUGGUGAGUCUGAAGUGAUCUUAGCCACCUGCACUGCUGUUAAGGCACGGCCUGCUGCAGAUGUGUCCUGGAGGCUGGGUGCUCUGAGCAACUCUGUAAAAGUACAGACCAACAUUUCUGCAGACCCUGAUGGAACCUAUGAUUUCUAUGUUUUACCCAGUAUGAAUGCUCAUGAUCAAACUCUGGAUGUUCUCAUGAAGGGAAUGCGUGUUGGGCUUCUGAUUGGAUAUGAAGGUGUCUUGCAUGAUGUUUUCCCUCUUGAAAUCUUCAAUGUGGCUGUGGUGGUAGAGGAGACUAUCGUUCUUCAUUCAGUCAGAGAUGUGCCUACUGGUUUUGCCAUGCUAAUGGGUACCAUCUACUGCCUUAAUCUGGAGUACCCUUGCAAAAUGAGGUACUCAUUCGAGUUCUUGCAGAGGGUCCAGGGUGUAUCCUGCCUUCCGCCCGAUGACACCACCCCACCCCCCUCCCCUCCUCGGGGACCCUGUGGGAGAAGCGGAUUAGAAAGUGUGUGUUGUAUACUGAUAUGUUUGUCUUCACUUUUAGUUCCUCCUGUAGUCGGUGUGACCACUGAUGUGAUUCCUGUUGCUGGUGAGUCUGAAGUGAUCUUAGCCACCUGCACUGCUGUUAAGGCACGGCCUGCUGCAGAUGUGUCCUGGAGGCUGGGUGCUCUGAGCAACUCUGUAAAAGUACAGACCAACGUUUCUGCAGACCCUGAUGGAACCUACACUGUCAAAAGCUUCCUGAUUGGUGUUGCAUCCAAAGACCUAAACAAGCAGAAGGUUCAGUGUUCAGUAGACCACAUCAGCCUGAAUGAGGAGCUGAUACUAGACUACGCUCUAAUUAUCCACUAUCCUCCUCAGGUUGUGUAUAUUAUUUCAGUCAAUGUUGUAACGUCUGAAGAAUUUCAGUGUGUAGUUGAUGCCAACCCACGACCAACAUUCACCUGGAGCAGGGUCAACAAGAGUCUUUCCUGCUGUGUUGAUGCUGACAGGCUGAUAAUCCCAUUGACCUCUGAAAAUAAUGGCUUGUACCUAUGUAAUGUUUCAAACCAGUAUGGAAAUGGCACAGGUACCCUUUACCUGCAAGUUUCCAGAGAAUCGACCACUCUCUGUUGGAGUUUGUUCAUCAUUCUUCUCCUUGGUGUUGCUGUUUAUUUAAUAUGGAAAUUUAACUUAACUGAGAGUUUAUUGAAAUGCCCUUCGCAACUGAGAGAAGGAAUCUGGCGUCCUGUGGCCACUGAUGAAUCCAAUCCUACAAGUGAUGUGAGCUGAAACCUCCAGGGCAGCAGUGGAAACAAGUCUAUAAGUAUCUUGGGAGCUUGUUCAAUAAUUCCAAUAGCUUACAGCUGGGACAGGAAUGGUAGCAGAAGAGGAAAGUGCUGUGGACAAUAUUGAGCAGAAAAAUGUCUAAGCAUCACCAGAGGGACUAGAGAAGCAGGGUCAGGAGAGUCGGUGAACAGUGAUGUGACAGCUGAGGACACUGGAGAACAAAGGUCUGUUUAAAGAGUUAUCUGUGUAAAUUCCCACCAUUUUGCAGCUAAAAGAAAUUAGAUCAGUGCCUGUUAAUCCUGAUUACAUCCUCUCCAGUCAGAUCAUACCGUGUCAUGGUGGUACACUACCAGUCAAAUGUU